CACUUUAAAUAAAUGUUACUGGGUUGGAAAUAAAAGAGUAACAUGUGUUUAGAGACAGUUGCAUUACUUAAAGUUACAUAUGGUACUUUCUUGCAGCUGCCGGUCAUGUAAAAGUAAUGUACAAAGAUAAAAAAGAAUUGUUCAAUGAGUAUAAUGAAAUUCUCUUGGUUCUGCUAUAGACGCCAUUGGCCUGUUUUAAAUAUUUUGUGUGGAGGUAUAUAGAGGUUAACUUCAAAUAUAAUGGCCUAUAAUUAUCCAGCGGUGGGAAAUCCACCUCUUCCGCCAGGUGCAUUGAAUCCACCACCUCCACCACCACCAAUGGCCCCAAUGCCAAUGGGGAUGAUGGGGCCACAACAAGGUAUGGGGCAGGCUAUGCCAAUACCUGGCCCAAUCAUGCCUCAAGGAUAUAUACCAGGACCAAUGAUGACAGGACAGCCUCCUCAACCAGCACCACCAGGAACACAUCAACAACAAAUACACAUGCAGCAGAUGCAACAAAAUAUGCUAAAUCCUGCCAUGAAUGAUGCACCGCUUGAGUUCAACAUGAAUAAAAAUAAACCACCAAUGCCAAUUUCAGGUGAGGAUCGCAACAGUGGCCGUAACAAUGAAGAAUCAAAUGGUGGUAAUAGUGGAGGGGGUGCAGGAGGUGGAAUUAGUGGCAGUGGAAGUGGUGGCAUAAGUGGAGGAAGUGACAAUAACAGAAGGGAGAGGCGAAAUCGAAGUGAUCGUCGAGAUCGUGAUCGUGAUAGAGAUAGGGAACGAGAACGUGACCGUGAUCGUGACCGAGAAAGGAGGGAUGAUAGAGAAGGUUCAAGUAACAGUGGCAGUCACAGCAAUUCUGUACAGCAACAAAAUCAACCACCUCAACAGCAACCAGCUACACCUAACAGUAAUAAUGCAGCUCCUAGUAUGCAGUCACCCAAUAACAUGCAACCUGCACCCAUUGGUGGUGCACCAAACAACAUGUGGGGAAGCAUGAUGGGACCUAUGGGUUACCCAAUGAUGGGUAUGAAUAUGAACAUGAUGGGAGGUGGUAUGAUGGGAGACCCCAGCAUCAUGAGCAUGGGACAAAUGGGCCAGUAUGGAAUGAUGGGUGGAAUGAUGCCAGAUGGAAGUAUAGUAGGUCCUGAUGGAACUAUGAUACCAUCUGACCCAAGCAUGUUGGCAGGUCCUAUGGUGAAAGAGAUAAUUCAUUGCAAGUCAUGUACACUAUUCCCACCAAACCCCAAUGCACCACCACCCACAACACGAGAGAGGCCACCUGGCUGCCGAACAAUUUUUGUGGGAGGGCUACCUGAAAAUACCACAGAGGAGAUAAUUCAAGAGAUAUUUGAACGUUGUGGGGAGAUGACCACCAUUAGAUUGAGUAAGAAGAAUUUCUGUCACAUCCGUUUUGUAUUUGAAAGUUCUGUAGAUGCGGCAAUUUAUCUCUCUGGUUAUCGCAUUAGGCUUGGUUCUAAUACUGAUGGUCCAAAUACUGGACGUCUGCAUGUUGAUUAUGCACAGGCACGAGAUGAUCUGUAUGAGUGGGAGUGUCGACAGCGUGCGUUACAGCGAGAACAAAGACACCGUGAACGGAUGGAACAAGAGCGUAUGCGACCACCUUCACCUCCUCCAGUUGUUCACUAUACAGAUCAUGAAGCUGUCACAAUUUCAGAAAAAAUUAAAGCUGAUGAGACAUUCAGUAAAGCUGUGCAAGUUGUUAUCACAUGGCUCGAACGUGGAGAUUGCAGUAAACGUAAUGCAAAUACAUUCUACACAAUGAUACAGUCAACUAAUUCUCAUGUUCGCCGACUUUUGGGUGAGAAGGCACAGUAUGAGGAAGAGCUUCAGCGGGCGCGUGAGCUGAUGAAGGGCCGCAUGCAGGGCAUUUUUAUCCAGUUCGGUCAGAUCGAGAGGGUUUUCUCAGCUGCCAGUCACAAGAAGGUUUGGGACCAUUUCACCAAAGCCCAGAGAAAGAACAUAGAAAUGUGGAAGAAGCAAUGUGCGGAAAUCAAGACGGUGCAGCUGGAGGAGGUGUUGAAUGAACGGGCUGAUGAGGAGAUGGAGGUGUCAGACAAUGAGGAAGAUUACAUGGGAAACCCAAAAAAGAAGAGUCGAAUUGAUUCUGAGGAUAAAGCAAACCUUGCUGUGAUUAAGGAAGAGAAUGACAGUUUGCGAUGUCAAUUGGAAGCAUAUAAAAAUGAAGUUGAUCUGGUGAGAUCUGACCUCAAGACUGAACUGGAACAGAAGGAGAAACAGUUGAAAAUGUUGCAACAGACCCUGCAAGGAAUGCAGCAACAACUUAUGGAAUCAAAGCGGCGGCAGUCAGAAGAUGAAAUUAAGGUUCGAGAGCUUCAGGCACGACUGAAGUCAGCAGGUGAGAUGCAGGCACGUCUCCAACUAGCUAAAGCAGAACAGAGUGGAGACCUGAUUGGAGACAACAGUCAACCAUCAACAGAUACUGUUGGUGAUGCAGAGGAUGAGGGAAAGGCAGAUACAACAGAGACACCAUCUUCUUCAGCUUCCAGGUUGUCAGACAGGGAAGCAAAAUUGAUAGGUCUCCUAGCAACUUUUCUUCAUGUACAUCCAUUUGGUGCAGGAGUGGAUUAUGUGUGGUCAUAUCUCCAGAAAAUGGAACCAACUUUACGGCCUGGUGAAGUGGAGUCUCUUAUGAGUCGUUUCCCAACUGUAUUUCGUCAGGAAUUGUCUGGUAUUGGUGCCAACAUGGAAAGACGUUGGCAGUUUGCAGGUUUUAAAACAAAUCUCAGUAUCUGAAUUUUAGUCAUGCUUGACAUGAGCAUAAUGUCAUCAUUUUAUCAUCUUCAGAGCUUUGAGCUGUUUUCAGUAAUCUCAAGAUUAAGAAUAAGGAACUUAAUUAUUGCAUAAUGAAUUUUUCAUAUUUUCAUUCUGGUAUAUCAGUAUGGAGAUACUUAUAAUUUAUGUAAUAAACAUCUAUCAUCCAACA